AGUGCGGAGCGCGACGCGUGGGGCGCGGAGGCAGCACCAUGAGCAGCAGUAAGUUCGGGGAAAAGUUUUUUUUUUUUUUCCUUCCCCCCGGGGGGGGGCUGGGGUCCGCGCACACCGCGGUGGGAUCGGUGUUGUUAUGUUUCGUUUUGCGUGUUUUGUUUUGUUUUCUUUUUUUUUUCUUUCCUUUUUUUUUUUUUUUUUUUUUUUUUUUUUUUUUUUUUGCAAUCAGAGCACGGAGAGACGUAAAACUUUUCCUUCUUAAAGGCGAAGCUCUGCCCGCGGCGCUGCCCUCCCCGCCGGCCUGGAGCUGCCCCGUGCUGUCCGCGGUGCAAUGAAUGGGGUGGGCGCGGAGCGGCGGCUCCUCCGGGGGCUUUGUUCCAGGCACCGCGCAACUUUUGGGCCCCCCGGCUUUUUUUUUUUUUUUAAUAGACAUUUAAAAUCAGUGAUAUUUUGGUAAACUUUGGAGAUAGGGAUGUGCUGAAGGGGACGUAUCUCAGUGCCAUCCCAGUGGGUCCCAGCGCGGUUGCAGCCAGAACACCCCCGGCAGAUCCCGCUGCAAAAGGAAAAGUAUUUCCUACCCCAAACAGAGCGUUCUGCGCCUAUUGGAGGUGCGGAGCGCGCUGCCUCCGCUGAGCGCGUUUGGAAGGCUGAUGGGAACAAGCAGCAAUUCCCUACGCUCCGGUUUUAUUUAAUCGAGUUUAGUACAGGAGCCACCGAAGUGCCAUCCCGGCAGUGCUCCUCAGCUGCAGCCGGGGAUGUUGGUGGCAUCAGGUUACUUUCCUGUUGGUUUUAGGAAAAGUUGAGCACGCAGCAGAGGCUGCCAGAGUGAGACAUGCGAGGGGCAGCGGAGGAGAGCGGCGGGCAGAGCCAGGUCCUGACGUGGCCAAAAUGGGAAUGAAAGGCGCGGGGCUCCGGGCUGCGGCGAGGUUCCCUCGUGGGUCCGGCAGCACGGAUCCCACCGGUGACAUUUAGGGAAAACCUCACCGGGUGAGGAGCUUUUUUUAAGUGCUCCGGGUCUGUGAGUAAAUAGAGGGCUUGUUUGAGAACAUCAACUAUUUCCUGUAAGUUGUGAUGCUGACAGGACUGUCUGGAAAUGAUAUCAACACUUCGAAAGAUUUUUUUUUUUCUUUUUUUAACCGCUGAAUGAAAGUUUGCUAAUAACGUGGUCAGACCAAAGCAGUGGAACACUUCUCUACAGAGUAAAAAAUAGACAGAGAGAAAGACUUUUUCUUCUUUCCUCUUGAAAAAGGCGUAUCUACUGCCAGGGACACAUAGAGCCAGCGGUGUCAGUGCCUGUGUGUAUGCCGGCUGCUGGGGCAGCAGAAGGCUCCUUUGCCUUCAUGGGAUCAGGAGAAGUUGGACAGAGAACAGCAGUCAGUCCAUAACCCGCCCUGCUCGCUCCGGUCCUCACUUUCUGUUGUUGUUGUUGCACAUAAGAACUUUCCUCUCUCUUUGAAACUUUGCGCGUAUGUAGUCACAACAAAGUAAGUGAAGGGCAAAGUUGCAUCAGCUUCCAAGCUUAUAUGUCGGAUCUUCAACGGGCUCUCAGUAAUCAAGACUGUUGUUUCUUUUCUUUCUUUCUCUAUUUCAUAGUAACGUUAAUAAAGGAAAAAAUGUAAAUAGCAACUCCAGAGAUCUGAGACUUCCUUGGGCAUCAAACAUGCUUGCAGCCAGGUUACCCUCUCUUAUUUUAAUGCCUUCGGAGUGUGAUUUAUGCUGCUGCUGAGUGGGGUGCUUCUGUCUCUAUUAGCGAUUGAGUGCGUCCAGUAUUACUGUAUGACUCCAUCUCAGGGUUACGUUCUAUCAUGUGUUGCGCAUCAGGCGUAGGAACUUGCACAGCGCGCGCUGUUACCGUGCUGCAUGUGGGGAACAUUAUUAUUCACAUGUUGUGAUUGCUGAGCCCCGUGUGGACCUGAGUGCCUCUGAGGUGCAGUGGCUGCUGUUAGAUCUCUGCGUUUCAGGCAUGUUAUAUUUUAAUGCCAGCUGACAGAGAGGGUUUUCUAUUUUCAAAGCAUUGUGCAAACAAUGACUAAUUACUUUCUGUUCGUGUGAAUUACCUCUUUUAGCACUUUAUCAGGCAGUCGCUUUGAAACAAAACUGUUUUACAUUACAGUGCGAAAGAGUUAAAAAAUUAGCAAAGACGUGUAGGGAAAAACCAAAAUUUUAAUUACAAACAGGCAUCUUUGGGUACGUAUUUAAAUUGUUCUUUUUAUGUGGAACUUUCCUUCUGAGUUUGGGAGGGCGUAUACGUAUGAAUAUUUAUGUCUCUUAUAAACUCUCGACGAUAUUUUAAUGUAAUAAUCUUAAUAGAAACCGUCUCAGAUCUCAGCGGCAGCCGCGCUGGCAGUAUCGCCUUAAUAAAGGUUUGUGGGUAGCACCAAAUAUAACAUUGUGAGAAAGUUUAUGGCAAAAUAUUUUUGAACACGGCGGGCUGGGAAUCUGACAACCCUUUUUGUUAGGUGCGAGUAAAGUGGAAAUAAAUUACAUUUUUAAUACAGUUUCAGUUAAAAACAAACUGCCACCUGGUAGUAAAAGUAUCGGCCCGAACAGAAAUAUAUUCUGAUGGAGAUAUUCAGCUGGGGUGCAAAAUGAGGCCAUUCAUCCACACACUGACAGCGUUCCAGUCGGUGUUUGCCCUGCUUAAUUUAGUUCCUCCACACACCAUGGGGCAGUCUGGGGCUGGUUUUGGCAGAGCCGGGCUGCCGGGAGCUCCGCGCUUUGUCCCUGGUGCUGCACCUCGGGAGGCAAGAUGCAGUUGGUUAGCAGUAACAGCGGACAGGUAUAUGGAGGAAAGGCAAACGCUUUCUUCUUUGUUUCUGAAACUUUCUGAAGUUCCUACCUAGUGAGAAAACAAUGCCAUUUUCCAGUCCUGGUGAUUAAUAGUAAAACCAGCGUAGUCUGUACCCAUCUAUUGUACAAAUACCAUUGCCUGCUGACCUUUGGAUGCAUUAAUUACAGCAUAUCUGGUCCAGGUUCUACUAUUUUUGUCUGUCUGGAAGAUAAAUAAAAGUGCCCUUUCCAGUCCUCCUGGAGAAGAACUUUUUUCUUGGUACUGUUGUGAAUUAUGGAGUUCAUUUUUUGAAUGCUGUGCCAAUGGCGCUCUCUUUUUCUUUUCUAAAGAUAAGUUUGCACCAAUGAGGGAACAUUUGCUUGCCCGAAGACUGCUUUCAGUUCACUUCUUUCUGCGUGUAAAAACUUUCUAGGCUUUGCUUUUUUUGGAGUGUGUUUGCUAAUUAAAAGGAAAAAAAAAAACAUAAUGAGUUCUAUUGGAUGAUGCGAAGGAUUAAAGCACAAUUACACCCCGAAAGAGCAAAUGUUUACAAGGGCAAGACAUGUAGCUGCGCCGUGUGGAUGAUGCUGGCUGCCUGCUCCUUGAUGUAGGUCGCACCUCAUCAAUAAGGCCCUGCCAGGGCUGCGUGCAGGACCAGAUGUGCAGUGCCUAGCGCUCAGCAGUGCCACCGGGACAGGACAGGGAGCAGUGCCAUCCGGUUCCCAAUUUCGUCAGGCAGACCGGGGCUCAGAUUAAACAUGGAGUGAUGGGAGAAUGAGCGCUGCGGCCUCAGCUUAGUCCCCAGUGGACAUUUUGUGGCAGCCUGGGAGCGUCGCGCGGCUGAGCAUCGUCCGGCUCGAUUGGCGUCACGGGGUUUGGAGGAGUGUGGUGUAGGUGGACCAGCGCAGCCGUGUAUAUACAGAUCAGCUCUCAAAAUGUCUUCUGUGUCUUCCGUGCAUCUUCUAAGACAAUUGCAUUAGCCUGCCUGCUAGUUGACUAAUAGAAUUAAUAAUUGUAAAAAGCACUAAAGCCACAUGCCUUAUGAAGUCAAUGCUGGGUAUGAUUUUACAAAUAUGGUCCGGAAAAAGAACCCCCCUCUAAGAAACGUUGCUAGUGAAGGUGAGGUACAGACCCUUGAGUCUACAGGUACUGAGAGUGAAGAGUCUGGAAGGAAAAAAGAAUUUUCCACAGAGCAGAUGCAAGAAAAUACUGACCAGCCUGAUGCGGCAGAGUUGAAUAACAAGGAGGAGCUUUGCACGCAUGUCCAAGAGCCAUCUUCCAGCAUUAAAAAGGACUUGAAAAGCUCAGUGCUGAGUGAAAAGGCUGGCUUCAAUUAUGAAAGCCACAAUAAGGGAGGAAAUGUUCCAUCCUUCCCUCAUGAUGAGGUGACAGACAGAAAUAUGCUGGCUUUCUCAUCUCCAGCUGUUGGGGGAAUCUGUGAGCCCUUGAAGUCUCCUCAGAAAUCAGAUGCAGAUGACACCCAAGAUGUGGUCUGUGCCCCGUCAGGAGAUGCAGCAGAGACAAAUGAGGAGCAUCAGAUGUCGCCAAAAGCUUCAGAUGAAACGGUGCAAGUGCAAAGUGGUCAAACUGAUGGCCAAGGCUCAAGCCCAGUCCCCAUGGCCUCAAAAAACCCACAAGUGCCUUCAGAUGGGGGUUUAAGGCUGAACAAAUCUAAAGCAGAUUUGUUGGUAAACGAUAACCCAGAUACGGCGCCUCUGUCUCCAGAGCUUCAGGACUUCAAAUGCAACAUCUGUGGGUAUGGUUACUAUGGGAACGACCCCACAGAUCUCAUCAAACACUUCCGCAAGUACCACCUAGGACUGCACAACCGCACCAGGCAGGAUGCUGAGCUCGACACUAAAAUUUUGGCUCUCCACAACAUGGUGCAAUUCAGCCACUCCAAAGACUUCCAGAAAGUCAACCGCACUGUGCUUUCGGGGGUGCUGCAGGACAUCAAUUCCCAGAGGCCUGUCUUAUUAAAUGGGACUUAUGAUGUGCAGGUUACUUUAGGUGGAACCUUUAUUGGAAUUGGGCGGAAAACUCCAGAUUGCCAAGGCAACACCAAGUACUUCCGCUGCAAAUUCUGCAAUUUCACCUACAUGGGCAACUCGUCCACUGAACUAGAGCAACACUUCCUACAGACUCACCCAAACAAAAUGAAAGCAGCCCUUCCCUCCUCUGAUUCUGGUAAAACUUCAGAGAAAAACUCCAAUAAAUCCAGUCCUACUCUUCGACCAUGUGAUUCUGGAGACUUGGGGAAGUGGCAAGACAGAAUCACUGUAAAAGCAGGAGAUGAUACACCAGUUGGAUAUUCGGUGCCCAUCAAGCCUAUAGAUUCCUCUAGACAAAAUGGUACCGAUACAACCAGUUACUACUGGUGUAAAUUUUGCAGUUUCAGCUGUGAGUCGUCCAGCUCAUUGAAACUAUUAGAACAUUACAGCAAACAGCAUGGGGGAAACCAGUCAGGAAGCCAUCACCCAGAUAUGAAUGAUAAGCUUUCUAGGGGAUCUGUCAUUAACCAGAAUGAUCUAGCCAAAAAUGCAGAUGGGGAGUUAGUGACAAAGACAGAAAAGGGUGCGAGUGUGGCAAAAAAGAAAGACUUGACUAGCAAAGGAGCAGAGGACAGCAUGGUGACAAGCUACAACUGUCAGUUCUGUGACUUUAGGUACUCAAAGAGCCAUGGCCCAGAUGUAAUAGUGGUGGGCCCACUUCUCCGUCACUAUCAGCAGCUACACAACAUUCAUAAGUGUACCAUUAAACACUGUCAGUUCUGUCCCCGAGGCCUCUGCAGCCCAGAAAAGCACCUUGGAGAAAUUACUUAUCCAUUUGCUUGCAGAAAAAGUAAUUGUUCCCACUGUGCUCUCUUGCUUUUGCACCUGUCUCCAGGGGUGACAGGAAGCUCUAGAGUCAAACACCAGUGCCAUCAAUGCUCAUUCUCCACUCCUGACGUAGAUGUUCUCCUGCUUCACUAUGAGAAUGCACACGAAGCCCAAGCGUCUGAUGUCAAACCUGAAACAAAUACCCUGCAAGGCGCAGAUGGGCCGCUGACUCUCAAAGAGAACAAAGAACACUCAUGUACCAAAUGUGACUUUACCACCCAGGUGGAAGAAGAGAUUUCCCGACACUACAGGAGAGUACACAACUGCUACAAGUGCCGUCAGUGCAGCUUCACGGCUGUGGACACACAGUCACUACUCGAGCACUUCAACACCGUGCACUGUCAGGAGACAGACGUCACUACAGCCAAUGGGGAGGACAGUCACGGUGUUUCGGCUAUCAAGGAGGAGCCAAAAAUUGAUCUCAAGGUCUACAGUCUGAUUAAUCCAGACCCCAAAAUGGGGGAGCCCAUAUCUGACAGCAUAGUCAAGAGGGAAAAGAUAGAAGAUAAGGAAGUGCUUAAGGAAAAAGGCUGGACUGACAGUCCCAGUGAUGAUCUUCGCAACGUGCCCUGGAGAGGAACAGACAUUUUGAGAGGGAGCCCGUCAUACACGCAGACCAGUUUGGGCUUAUUGACCCCAGUGACCGUUGGCCAAGAGCAGCCAAAGCCUCUAAGGGAUAGUCCAAACGUAGAAGCUGCCCAUCUGGCACGGCCCAUGUAUGGCUUGGCUGUGGAGAGCAAGGGCUUCCUGCAGGGAGUGCCGGCCGGAGCGGCAGAGAAGGCUGGGCAGCUCACCCAGCCCUACCCUGGAUCCGGGGAUGGCAAGGCCAAGGAUGAAUCCCAGUCCCUACUGCGGGCUGCUAUCAGUGAUCAGCGAGAGACUGUGUCCAGUACAAAUGAGUCCAAAUAUGCAAGGAGACGUAGAGGCUCGGGUGUUUUUUGUGCCAAUUGCCUGACCACAAAGACCUCUCUCUGGCGAAAGAAUGCAAAUGGUGGAUAUGUAUGCAAUGCGUGUGGCCUCUACCAGAAGCUUCACUCGACUCCCAGGCCUUUAAACAUCAUUAAGCAGAACAAUGGUGAGCAGAUCAUUAGGAGACGAACAAGAAAGCGCCUUAACCCGGAGGCACUUCAGGCUGAGCAGCUAAACAAACAGCAGAGGGGUAGCAGUGAGGAGCAAGUCAAUGGAAGCCCCUUAGAGAGGAGGUCAGAGGAUCACUUAACUGAAGGUCAUCAGAGAGAAAUUCAGCUUCCCAGCCUCGCAAAAUAUGAGGCCCAAGGUUCAUUGACUAAAAGCCAUUCUGCUCAGCAGCCAAUAUUGGUCAGCCAAUCUCUGGAUAUUCACAAAAGGAUGCAACCUUUGCACAUUCAGAUAAAAAGUCCUCAGGAAAGUACUGGAGACCCAGGCAACAGUUCAUCGAUAUCAGAAGGGAAAGGAAGCUCAGAGAGAGGCAGCCCGAUUGAAAAGUACAUGAGACCUGCGAAACACCCAAACUAUUCACCACCUGGAAGCCCUAUUGAAAAAUACCAGUACCCACUCUUUGGACUUCCGUUUGUACACAAUGACUUUCAGAGUGAAGCUGACUGGCUGAGAUUCUGGAGUAAAUAUAAGCUGUCUGUUCCUGGGAAUCCACACUACUUGAGUCAUGUGCCUGGCCUACCAAAUCCUUGCCAAAACUAUGUGCCUUAUCCCACCUUUAAUCUGCCUCCUCAUUUUUCAGCUGUUGGAUCAGACAAUGACAUUCCUCUAGAUUUGGCGAUAAAGCAUUCCAGACCUGGGCCAACUGCAAAUGGUGCCUCCAAGGAAAAGAGUAAGGCACCACCAAAUGUAAAAAAUGAAGGUCCCUUGAAUGUAGUAAAAACAGAGAAAGUUGAUAGAAGUACUCAAGAUGAACUUUCUACCAAGUGUGUGCACUGUGGCAUUGUCUUUCUGGAUGAAGUGAUGUAUGCUUUGCAUAUGAGUUGCCAUGGUGACAGUGGACCUUUCCAGUGCAGCAUAUGCCAGCAUCUUUGCACGGACAAGUAUGACUUCACAACUCACAUCCAGAGGGGCCUACACAGGAACAAUGCACAAGCUGAAAAGAAUGGAAAACCUAAAGAGUAAACCUUAGCACUUAGCACAAUUAAACAGAAAUAGGUUUCCUUGAUGGGAAUUCAAUAGCUUGUAAUGUCUUGUGAAGACCUAUAAAGCACUUCAUAUAGAGAGCAUGCCUUAUCCAAUACUAAACCCCUUGUCUUUUCUUUUUCUUCCUUUUUCUUAAUUUUUUUUUUAAUUUUUGUUUUUGUUUUUGUUUUUUUCUUUUAAAUGAGUGGGUUACCAAGAAAAAAAAAGAACAACUGUAUGGUGGCCUGAAGGUGGAGGAGAUAGUAAUAUGGGACAUGGCCCACCAAAGCUAGUGCAGUGUACCAUGGCAAAUAACUUUGAGAGCAUUUUACCGGACAUUUGAUAUCUUUGCUAUUGUGUAAGAGACAUAACUGGCGAGAGUGCAAAGAUGUGUAUAUGUAUAUACUGCUGCAGAGGUAUAGUGAGCAUAUGCACAUUGUAUAUAAGAGCUAGACUUGUUAAAUAUACAGAUGUUAAAAGGUCAUUUUCUUUUUUUUCAAUUUGGGCUAAUUUCUACCCUACAACAUGCCUUAGGAUCACUUUUUCCUCAAAGCUUUGGCAGCAAUUUCAUCUAGAUGUUUCUCAGACUCAGCUGAUUUUUAGCUACCAUUUUAUCACUACAUUCUUUCUGGCAUACUUUAGUCUAGGAAAACCAUUUUCUGCUAGUGAAGUCUCUAAUACAGAAGCCACACUCCGGGUUUAAUUUGCGUGGAACAAGGUAACCUGCUGUAUUUUAUUUUAAUAUAUUUUAAUAUAUUACAUUUCUAAACCUUAGUCUAAGGUUACUUCUCCACAGGCUUAACAUUGCUAUACAUACCAGUCAGUCCCUUCAGUAGACUUAUACCAGCUUUUGCUAAGUAGCAUUAAAUGUCUUCAUAGUACUUUUUAAUACUUAAAGCUUUGUAAAAACUGUCCAUGAAGGGAAAGCUCCUCAGCAUAACUGCUCAGGGAAAUAGGGCUAAAUAACUAAAUAUUAAAUAAUUGGUUAAAGGUGCUGUUAGACGAGCCUCCAUGCUUGCUACAAGGGUGUACAAGAACUGACUUUAAUCAUUUUCAUUAUAGUGUCCCAACCAGUAGUUUAUUAUUUUGCCACAGGGAUGUAGAAGAUAUUACAAGCUACUGGAUGCACUGUCAGAUUAACUUAUUUCAUUAAAGAAGUUGGGAGAACAAAUAGAAAAAAAACCUUAUUUUUCUAGUAAAUAUUAAUGUAUUACAUUUCAAAUAAUGGUGCCUGACAUAUUGAAUAAUUAUUUUCUACAGUGUACGUAUGCAACAAAGAUAUUCCAUCAUGCAUUAGAGUCAGUUCUGGCUCUGCCUCGCUGUUUACAUUUGCAAAUGUAGCAAACAAGGUAAUGAAGCAACUAUUUCUAUUGCAGUAGGUAUCUUUUUUUCUGUGUGUGUGCAUUAAAGUUGUAAACGAUAACAUGAAAUGAAUGAAAUUUGUUGAUAUUAAUGGUAUGGAAAAACAAGAAGGAAAUGAAAAUAUUUUUAUGCCUACUUAGGAGAAAAAGGGUAGCACUAUUCAUUCCAAGUACUUUUGUAUUCUUAAGCUCUUAACUCACAUUGUUAUGCUUAAAAUGAUAAACAUAUAUCCUCUUUUUAUUGCUUUGUCUGUGUUUCAGAAGAAACAUUUCAGAAAUUAUUUUGAUAAGUGCUGUUUGACGAUGCAGCGCUGAUGUUUUAUUGCAUUCUGUAGUAGCAUUGCACUCCAUUUUUACAAUAUUACGCAGUUGCUUUUUUGUUUUGUUUGGGUUUGUUUCUUUUUCGCAGCGCAGGGUCUUAGCUCCUUAUGGUUGGAUGGCAGGUGUAGCUCAACUGGUUCAUGAAUGUUGCAGCGAAUGAAGUUUAAAAUGUCUUUCUGAUACUAUGUUGUCUUUUAUUUCUCCAUUCAUGCAUUUUAUUUUUUAAAAUGUUCUAUAAAAAUAUCUCUGGACUAAGUCCUCACUUGAGAUUAUAUGUAAAGGGUCCUAUUCUGAUCUCACUUACAUGCCGCCUUUCUCAGAUUUUCAUGUAAUUGAAACUAAAGCAUCAAAAAAAAAAAAAAAAAAAAAAAAAAGUUCUUGUAUUUAACAUACCUGAAUCUCACCACUCUCCCUUCUAGGAUUUGGUGCACUUAUAAGAUACUUAACCAGAUAGACAGGGAGGUGGCAGAUAAAAGGAGAGGUGAUAGGAGAUGUCUUACAGGGGUUGGCAAAAGGAAAACAGGGAGGAACUGGCCUAAACAUUCAGCACUUUGAUAGUCUUUUGAAAAAUAGCGUGCCUAAAGGAGCCGGGAAUGACCAUCACCAUGCAUGAGAAGCACUUACACAGCUGAUCACCAAAGGUCUCACUGACCUUGGCAGUGUUUGACAUGUUGCGUUUUCACACAGAUGAAACAUUAUUGCACAGUUUCUCUGAUUUGUUAGGCACAGACUGGCUAUUGUUCAGCAUUAGGCUUGCAUUCCUUCCUGCUCCACCCAUUGCUUCUAUACUGGUGAGCAGCAUAUGGAAAAUCCCACUCAAUCCAUUCAUGGUUGAGUUCUAUAAACCUUUAUUAGUGUUCUAGGUUAGCAAAGGAUGUUGGGCCACAUUCUUCUUAUUCUAUUUUUAGAUGAAUCUCCUGCUUGAUAGCAUUGCCGGACAAUGUCUGGUUAUGUUUUUACUAUUGUUCUCCAGUAAUAAGUUCUGACUUGGUUUUUGUUGAUUUAUUUUUGUUGGGUAUUUUUUGUUUCCUUUUUUUUUUUUUUUUUUUUUUUUCUGUGGGGACUGAAAUAGAUUACCCUCAUUUUGUUACGUCAGGGUCCAGUGUGUGUCCUUUUCAGCUUUUCCAAGAAACGUUAGGCUCACUUAGCAGUGAUUUUAUUGGCUUCAGAUUUAGCUGCCUGCCGGUUAUCAGUAGUUACUGUUUUGACUUACUUCUUUCGAGACGUACCUGUGGCUUCUUCACUGAUAGAAGCUGCAUCUUCAUGGCAAAAUAUGUAAUGGGGGACAUGCGCAUUAUAAAACUUGAGCACCGCCCUGUACUUCAUAGUAUCUCUUGCUACUCAGAAGCAAGAGGCCAAUAAGGAGAAAUACACCCAUCAGGGUUUGGGGAUGAGGAGAAAUGAAAUGUUAAGAGCGCAAAGAACAAGACAGUUUUUGAUAUUAAUAGUGCACCUAGAUAGUGCAAAUAAAAUUUGAGGAAAGUGUGUUAUUCUUGCCAUGACAUAUUGAGAUGUUCUGAGAUGUCUGUUUUGUAAAAAGAUGGGACUUUGCCAUAGCCUGUUCUCUUUGAUUGGGAUGGGGAAGCACGGUUUUGCUUAUUAACAAAAACGAGGUGAUUCCAUUCCUAUUCCAGUUCCCCUUAUGAUGGAUAUCAAUGAAAAGAAGAAUAAAUCCUGGCAUUUAAAAAUAAAUAUCCUGUGAAAUAACUCUCAGGUGGAAACCCAUCUUAGCACACACAAUUAAUUAGUGCACCCACUGCAUUUCAAUCAACUUACAGCACUAAAAAUUAAUACUUUCAAAGAGUCUUUAUUGUUCUUAGCGUUCCAGUGUCUUCAAAGUCAAAGUGUAGUGCUUCUCUUACUUAGGAGAGGUUGUUGGAGAUCUGAAAAUGCAUCUCAAAUGGGAUCCCAAACUGAGCAGAGGGUUCAGAAACAGUGCGUGGUAUCUAAACUUGCAGAACAGGAACAGUUUCCACUUCUGAUGAAUUGAGACUGUGUAUAGUGGACUUGUCAUGCAGCAUCUUCUGCAAACUGAACUGUCUUUAAGCUAUCACUGCAUGGCUACUGCCCCCUAGUUUAAUGCAGUACGAGAUGACGAUUUUGUGGAGCUCAGUUUGAGUUCAGGUCCCCAACUUUGAGCACUUUUCAAUAGAAGUUUUGCACCACGUUGCCUCUAUGCUGAAAGAUGACACUGGAUACCUUCUGCCUUUGCUUUGGCUAAAAAUUUACUGGUGCACCAGUGUCAGUUCUAAAAGAGAGAACAUAGAGACAGCUCAGGAAGUGGAGGCAUGCUGAGGGUGAGGAAGAGGUGGGCUUUUCCAACCAGGAGCAACAGAAGAAAAGUGACCAGUGCUAACUGUAUGCAGUGCUGAGACGUAGUGGUUGUGCGGUGGGGAGAUCUGAUUUAGAAGCUGUGGAUAAAUGUUUAGGAGUGGACUUUUAAGUCCAUCCCUGGACAGGACAGUGUUGCUUUCUAGUCACAAUAGCUUGCUUUAUGCCCUAAAGAUAUUGUCUACUAUCUGCUUUUGCCCAGGAUGCAUGAAUAUAUUCCCGUUCUUGCUCCUGUAUUGAUUUUUCUUGGCUAACUUAACAUGCUAAUUCCUAAUACUGGUCAGGAAAAGCCAAAGAGAUUAGAAGUUCACUUCUGUUCAGCCAGAAGGGUAGAUACAUUUCCUUCUGCUUCUGUGGAGACAGUUAUGCUUGGCAAAGAGUAGUGAGCAAUUUGUCAGCAUAUCCCGAAUGUGAUAGAUAAGUGAAAAAUCCCUUCUAAACUUUUCUGUAAAGUUAAGAUGAGCCAAGUAGGAUGAUUUGCAUAAUUUCCUUACCCCAGAAUAGGAUUCAUCCCUACCCUCUUCCUCACAGUUCUCUUUCAUGCAGCCAGUUCUGGAAAGCCAGCAGUUGGCGAGAUGCUACCUAUACAGUAAUCAUAUGUAACCCCAAUUUUCCUCUUUUUAAGGGUAUAAAAGACAGUAAUCUAAUGGUUCCCAGCCCAAAGCCUUUUUUUUUUUUUCUUUUUUUCUUUUUUUUCUUCCAGUACACUUAGUAAAGUAAAAUGCUUAUAAUAAGUCUAACAGCUACCACAGUUUUCUGUGCUGUGUCCUAUCAUUUUGGUCUCUGAGCUCUACAUAGAAGGAGAACAGGAGAAAAGGAAACAUCUCAAAAUGCCAUUGUAUAUUUAGCUUAUAGAAAAUUCACCAGCAGGAAAAAUAGAAAAAAAAAAAAGAAAAAAAAAAGUACUUAAUAAAGAAUGACUUCAUGUUGCUAAAAACCAUCAUUAAACUUGUAGCCCUGAUUUGACUCUAGAAUGUUGGCUCUUAUUGUUUUGUCCUUACAACACAUGGAUGUGUUUUUUGUUUUGUUUUGUUUUGGGUUUUUCGUUUUGUUUUGUUUUUUGGUUUUCAUAGUGCAUGUUCAUUUCUACUCACAAACAUGUUCUUGGUGUAUUUCUUAUGCAAACAAUCUUCAGGCAGCAAAGAUGUCUGUUACAUCUAAACUUGAAUAAUAAAGUUUUACCACCAGUUAUAAA